CCCCAUCGAUCCCGUGACCUGGAAAGCUGCCUUCGGUGGCACCAAGUUCAGCCGUGAACUUGGCCCUCCAACGCGUCGGGAUCCCAUACGCUUCUCUUACUCCGCUCUCAAUUUCGUGCACUCAUCCUUCGCCACGAUGAGCGCUGAAUGCGGAAUUUGCAGUCAAGAAUAUGGUUCCGAUUGUGUUGCAAGCUCACUUCGCUGUGGCCAUGUAUAUUGUUAUCAGUGCUUAACCGAGCUCUCCCGGGUCUCUCAGCGUCCCCUGUGUCCUGGGUGUCGAAAACCUUUCAAAUUCGAGAAGGUCAUCAGGCUCUACAUUGACUUUCCGGAACCAUCCGACAAGCGGGAACAAGACCAGGAGGGGAGUAGCGAUCCUCCUCCCAUUUCUGUUCUUACGGAGGAACAACGUGCCGAAUCUGAGGCUCUCUCUCAGCGGCUAAGUGUUCUUGGGAUUGAGACGACACCAGCCAUCCUUGGUAGUGUCCUAGAUGAUAUACGCCGGUGGUCUCAGGGCGUCCAGACCAUCAAAGACAUUGAGACACAAAUUGCGGUAACAAGGCUGCUUCUGAAUGUCGACUUGCUGAGGGAAAGAUUGGAUCAUGGAAGUAUCCCAGCCAUUUGCCGAAGGAAACGAACCCAUAACGAGAUCAUGCUCAAGCGAGAUAAUCUAUGCCUCUCUGCUCAGGUUAUAGACCUUAACAACUCGCUACAACGUGUAGAGAUGGAUUUAAGGACGGGUAUCACCUAUCGACAAGAACUUCGGGAGGAACUUGACCAUGCAAGGCGGAAAUAUGCCGCAUCCGAGAAACUGAAACAGCUUGAAGGAAGAACCGCAGACUCAGAGAAGAUGUUACGCAAGUGUUCGAGGUUGGAGGUGGAGGUUGAGAAUCUAGAGAAAGAGAAUGCUGAGCUCAGACGGUAAUGUGUUCUGUUCGUUGGGAAUAUCGGGUGUACUGAUGGUUUUUUUUUUUAGCCAACUAGUAGAG